ACGAAGCCCGAAGAGCUAGCGCGCGCUAUAGCUCACUCGGAAUCUCUAUAAAAAGGCUGAGCUUGUAGUCAUAAACUCAUACGCACCACUGAACCACCUGCAAGACGGAGGUGGUUUCAGAGUUUAGAGAUAAGAUGGCGCUGCAUCUUCUUCACCUGCUUGCCUUCUCCCUGCUCUUCGCAGUGGCGACCCCUAUCAGGGACAUCACCGAUGUGUGCUCGUCACAGAUCAAGGAUUUCCAGUACCUGAACAGCACGGGCCUGCACCUUGAGCUGCACCACCCGCGGAGCCCCUGCUCGCCGGCGCCGGUCCCGGCCGACCUCCCGUUCACGGCGGUGCUCACCCACGACGAUGCGCGCAUCUCGUCGCUGGCGGCGCGCCUCGCCAAGACGCCGUCGGCGCGCGCCACCUCCCUGGACGCCGACGCCGACGCCGGCCUCGCCGGCUCCCUCGCGUCCGUGCCGCUCAGCCCCGGCGCGUCCGUGGGCGUGGGCAACUACGUGACGCGCAUGGGCCUCGGCACGCCGGCGACGCAGUACGUGAUGGUCGUGGACACGGGCUCCUCGCUCACCUGGCUGCAGUGCUCGCCGUGCCUCGUGUCGUGCCACCGGCAGUCCGGCCCGGUGUUCAACCCCAAGUCGUCGAGCACCUACGCCUCCGUGGGGUGCUCCGCGCAGCAGUGCAGCGACCUCCCCUCCGCCACGCUCAACCCGUCGGCUUGCUCCUCCUCCAACGUCUGCAUCUACCAGGCCAGCUACGGCGACAGCUCCUUCUCCGUCGGCUACCUCAGCAAGGACACCGUCUCGUUCGGCUCGACGUCGCUGCCAAACUUCUACUACGGCUGUGGCCAGGACAACGAGGGGUUGUUCGGCCGAUCCGCCGGGCUCAUCGGCCUCGCCCGCAACAAGCUCUCGCUCCUGUACCAGCUCGCGCCAAGCCUUGGCUACUCCUUCACCUACUGCCUCCCGUCGUCGUCGUCAUCGGGGUACCUGUCGCUCGGGUCGUACAACCCGGGGCAAUACUCGUACACGCCGAUGGUGUCCAGCUCGCUCGACGACUCGCUCUACUUCAUCAAGCUGUCCGGGAUGACGGUCGCCGGGAAUCCGCUGUCCGUGUCGUCGUCGGCGUACUCCAGCCUGCCGACGAUCAUCGACUCCGGCACGGUGAUCACGCGCCUGCCGACGAGCGUGUACUCGGCGCUGAGCAAGGCGGUGGCGGCGGCCAUGAAGGGGACGUCCCGCGCGUCGGCGUACUCCAUCCUCGACACGUGCUUCAAGGGCCAGGCCUCGCGGGUGAGCGCGCCGGCGGUCACCAUGUCCUUCGCCGGCGGCGCGGCGCUCAAGCUGUCGGCGCAGAACCUCCUCGUCGACGUCGACGACUCCACCACGUGCCUGGCGUUCGCGCCGGCCAGGAGCGCCGCCAUCAUCGGGAACACGCAGCAGCAGACGUUCAGCGUCGUCUACGACGUCAAGAGCAGCAGGAUCGGGUUCGCCGCCGGCGGCUGCAGCUGAGAACGCCGAGAGCGCCGCCGAACGCGCACCCAGGCAUGGUCCGCAUGGAUACUUGGGUAAAUUAAUGGGCAAUCCAUUUGCUAUUGGCUAUACUAGCUAGCACGCCAUUCAUCAAUUCAACCACACAAGCUGUUACAUAAGCAUGGGGAUGAACAUAUCACAAGGUAGAUAAAAACGAAUUGGUAAAGGUGUUUGCUCUAGCGCUUAGAUAAGAAAACACAACUCAAAAACAAUAUUAGCGUAAUGUUAAUUAAUUUAUGUUGUCGAGGCCAGGGGGUACAGAGUAUUUGAAAGUGGAACAGCAGAACUCCAAAUAUGAUACACUACACAAAUCCAGUAGAGGUGACAUAUAUAGCUUGUCAUGUAGUAAUUCUUUGGCAAGUACUGGCCGAAAUGUUUACUCUGUAAAUGUAAAUUAAUGGGUGUGUGUGUGCUGCGUUUGUAGCUUCUUCUUUAGUAAGUACAAGAGCUCCAAAACUGUAAGCCUGUAUUCGUGUGUGAGUACUUUGGACAAUGAAAUCAAGUUGGUUUAUAUACUCCAAAGAAAUAUAUAUAUUCCUGCUAUCUGAAUUUUCAGAUACUUUUGCAAA